CACUGUAUUCCUUCUUUUUUUUUUUUUUGACAAUAAACUGUAUUCCUUCUUUCUUGAAUCUUGACCACAGACUGAUGCAGCCGCGAGGAAGCCACGGCGACGACCUCGAAUUGACUUAUGGCAACCAUUCUCCUUAUAUAAACCGCCAUUACCAGAACCUUCACCCACCAAGCUUCUCAUCCAAGCUCUAACAUCAAUCUCUCAAACUUCCCAAAACUCGCCUUAAUCGAUUCCAUCCAUCCUCUGAAGCUCACUCGACUCACUCCUCUGUUUUCCCCCCUUCUCGUCCAAAGGCAAAAUGAAGGUUGUGGUUCUUAAGCUGGAUCUGCACGACGACAGAGACAAGCAGAGAGCCAUGAAGAAAGUCACAGGGAUUUCAGGCGUUGACUCGGUGUCGAUGGACAUGAAAGACAUGAAGAUGACGGUGGUCGGAAACGUGGAUCCGGUGAAGAUAGCGAGCAAGCUCAGGAAGCUGUUCGCGACCGAGGUGGUCUCUGUGGGACCCCCGAAGCAGCCGGAGAAGAAGAAGGAAGACCCGCCUCCGGCGGCAGCGGCGGCGGUUAAGAAAGAUGAAGGAAAAGACAAAAAGAACCCUUCUGCUCCUCCUCCUGUCAUCCCCUAUUACUACAGUCCUCAGCCUCAGGUCAACGGUGGUUACUAUUACCGCAAUUAUCCUUAUCAACAACAGAAGGGGUACAACAAUUACCCUUACCAGUACGGCGCCGCCAACGUUCCCGGGGACGAUCCAAAUGCUUGCGUCAUCUGUUAGACGGGACACUCAAUUAUGUACUAAGAAUUAGAAGAGAGUAUGAUCUGGGAAGGGCUGCCAAGUUUAUGUAAAUAAUGGCGGCUAUUCAGGAGUGGAGGCUGUAACUAAACUUCAAAAAGGAGUUACCGGAGUUAUUGUAUUUUUUUUUUAUAUACUUUUCCCAUUACCAAUGGCGACCGCAUAUUUAUUUCUUGGAUUUAAUGAAUUUUGUUGCAUUAUUAUGGAUUCUUCUUCAUAUUAUCAUUUUAUCUGUAUGUUAUUGUUUAGGUACAAUUUUUGGCGGUUCGCA